GACCGCGGCCGCACCCGCCACACGGACACGGCGGGCUCGGGACCUGCCACGGGCAGCGGCUCCGUGCGGGCUCCGACAGACAGACAGACAGACAGACGGACAGACAGCGGCACCGCCACAGCACACAGAGCGUCCCGGCACCGCCACAGCACAGACACAGCGCAGCAGUACCGCGCAGAGCGCAGCGGCACCGCACACAUCUCAGCGGCACCGCGCAGGGCUCAGCCACAGAGCACCGCGGCACCGGCAGCAGGAGGAGGACAAGCAGCACACAGUGCUGGGAGCCCCGGCCGGCGGCACUGCCCGGAGAUGUCGGGGGUGCUGGUGAUCGCUGCCUGGUGUUUCCUGCAAGUGGAGAGCCGGCAUCCUGAAAUCAUCACGAGUAACAGCAAUCAUGGCAAUUUCCUGGACAACGACAAAUGGCUGAGCACCGUUUCGCAGUACGAUAAAGACAAGUACUGGAACAAAUUCCGGGAUGAAGUUGAGGAUGAUUAUUUCAGAAACUGGAAUCCAAACAAGCCAUUUGAUCAAGCCCUUGAUCCAUCCAAAGAUCCCUGCCUGAAGGUGAAGUGCAGCCCACACAAAGUGUGUGUCACCCACGACUACGAGACCGCGAUUUGUGUGAGCCGCAAGCAGCUGGUGCACAGCCUUCGACAAAAGAAAGGCAACUUGGCCCAGAAGCACUGGGCUGGAGCAGCCAACAUAGCAAAGUGCAAGCCCUGUCCCAUGGCACAUUCCAGCGCUGUCUGCGGCUCUGAUGGACACACCUACACCUCCAAGUGCAAGAUGGAGUUUCAUGCAUGUACUUCUGGCAAAACCAUCACAGCUCGAUGUGAAGGUCCCUGUCCCUGCCUUCCAGGACCUGAGAGUUUAAAACACAAGAUAGAGAAGACUGCUUGCACAGACAAAGAACUGAGGAACCUGGCUUCGAGACUAAAAGACUGGUUCGGUGCCCUUCACGAGGAUGCAAAUCGUGUCAUCAAGCCCACGAGCUCGGAGACGGCACAAGGCAGAUUUGACACCAGCAUCCUACCAAUCUGUAAGGAUUCCUUAGGCUGGAUGUUCAACAAACUUGACAUGAACUAUGACCUGCUGCUGGAUCCCUCGGAGAUCAGUGCCAUUUAUCUGGAUAAGUACGAGCCGUGUGUCAAGCCGCUCUUCAACUCCUGCGACUCCUUCAAGGAUGGGAAGCUUUCCAACAACGAGUGGUGCUAUUGCUUCCAGAAGCCGGGCGGUCUUCCUUGCCAGAAUGAAAUGAAUAGAAUUCAAAAGCUAAGUAGAGGGAAGAGUCUGUUGGGUGCUUUCAUCCCCCGGUGCAAUGAAGAAGGUUAUUACAAAGCCACACAGUGCCAUGGCAGCACGGGGCAGUGCUGGUGUGUUGAUAAGUAUGGGAAUGAGAUAGCUGGCUCCAGAAAGCAAGGGACAGUCAGCUGUGAAGAAGAGCAAGAAACUUCAGGGGAUUUUGGCAGUGGUGGAUCUGUUGUAUUGUUGGAUGAUUUGGAAGAGGAACCUGAAGCAACAAAAAAAGACAAAGAAGGGAAACUGAAGAUUCAUGUAAGAGCAGCUAAUGAAGAUGAUGAAGAUGAAGAUGAUGAUAAGGAUGAUGAAAUUGGUUAUAUAUGGUAGUGCCCAUCAUAAUGAGGACUCAUGUUUUGCACAAUAUUGCAACUCACAUCAUAUCUCUGCAAUUGUAUCUGAGAGUACCUGGCACAAAUAUUCCCUCUCUACUGAGUUUAAUUUUGUAUAGUCAAUUUAAUUUGGAUGACAACUUCAUUUCCAGCAAGGACUGUUUGGAGUACAGCUUCUGUUCAGUUGGUUUGGGGGAUUUUUGUUCUGUCCACAGGGGCAAUGAGUUUUGUUUUAAAACCAUUUCGUGUCUUAAUCCUCACUUGCACCACUUAUGAAAUCCAUCCUGUGAAAGAAUCCUGGAAGGGGCUCAACAAACCAAUACAAAGGCUUAGAAUAUCAGAGAAUUUGUGUCAUAAAUUGUUACCUGGAUCAUAUCAGAAACAGUUUUUUCUUUCAUCAAGAAGGAAAAGCAGGUGCCUCAUUUUCUAGUCCAUAUUUAUAAUGUCCCAGUAAAGAAUAAGUCUCUUUGGACAGUGGCUGCCCAGUACCAGGAGUUUAAUCCAGAAGGAAACCCACUGACAGGACUUUCUCUUCCUUACAUGAAUGAGUUCAACAGGCUUAGUCCAGCUCACACUGAAGGCAAAAUUCCCACUAGGGCACAGGACACAGAUCAGCUCACUCUUUAUUUGAUAAAGGAACAUGGCCUUGAUCUUAAGAGAUGCUGGGAACCUGCAGCUAUCAUGGACCAAGCCCGACAGGCAGGGGACAGAGUCCAUCUCCAUUUCAGAGCGUUUAAAGGGAAAGUGUUUUGUGAAUUUUUAGCAUCAUAACCACCUCCAGAGCUGUUCCUCAGCUUCUGUCUGAGCUCAUUUGCACUAGGAGGGUCACUAACAACACACAGGCAGCCUCUGCUUCCAGAUCACACACUACAGAUCUGUCUGUUCUCCAUUUAGCAACCCCUCCUUCCAAAGUUAUAAUGCUGUUGAAGACACAAACUCUCAAAAGUAACUGUCAUUCAUUUAAUGUAAAGAAGCCUGUUUAAAAAAGCAGCUUUAGGUGGUGAUAUUUCAAAAGCAGAACCCCUUGGCUCAGUGUGACACACUGCACACUUGUAAUACACACUCCUAAAAAAGAAUAGUAUUAAAAUCCAAUCUGUGAUUCCCUCGAUACCUCCCAUAUAUUCAAAGCUCUUGUAUCAGAGCAUAUUGACAUUAAAUUAUUUGCAGUGUCCUUUCCCAUGGCAGUUCUUGGAUGCAGUAAUGUGCUGUGGUGACCUUUUAUUACUUUUGCUGUUUUCUGAAGCAGUAAGAGGAACCUUGACCCCACUCUUGCAUUAGAAUGCAGGUUAAGUAUUUUAGCAGUUGCCUGUUGGCCAGUGAGUUAUUUUGCAGAAUAAGAAAUGUGUUUCUUAUAACAAAGACUAAUUAGAUUUUUUUUUUCUUAGUAGUGUAUGUAGAGGUGGAGACAGCAUCGAGUCACAACAUGGUUGACCACAUAGUCACUUGAAAGCUGGAAAAUACUGCACAGGUUGGCAGAAGUCAGUUUUUUAGGUACAUUGGCCUGAGGGUGUUGGCUCUCAGCCCUUUCCAAAGCCAGUGCACACCUGGCAGCCCUCUGAGUAGGACCUCUGCUUUCAGACGUGAUCAGAAGUGGAAUUCCUUUCAGGUACCAUGUGCUGCAGGGGCUCUCCUGUUUUCUCUUCUUGCAUUUCCUAUUUAUGCAGAUCAAUGACCUGCAAACAAAGAGCAAGCCUACAUAAUCAUCAUUAAUGCAGAAGGAUGUAUAAAACCAUGAGGAAUUUGUUGUUUCACGCCCCUACAUCCUCCCAAAAAUCUGCCACCACAGUCAUUUGCAAAAGGCCUGCAAUCUGCCCUGCCUCAAACAAAUCCCUUUGGUUUUCCCGUAGCUUUAGAAAAAUAUAUUCAAUAAUCACUGUCCAUGAGCUGCACAGCACACAAACACACACACACACUUUUUCUAUUUGCUUCACAGAAAUCCUGCCAACUUGCAGAUAAUCCAGCAUUUGUCUCCCCAAAUAUGAUUUUGUGAGAAGCAAUUGAACACCAUCAGUAGGUUCCUUCUCAAAUGUCCUGUCUAGUUUUCCUCUGGUAUUUUCUUCAUUAACCCCACACUCUAUGAGUCUGGCUCUGCUGUCCUGUGCAGGACCUGCCUGAGGCACAGAGCUGCCAUUUCAUUCUGACAUAAAUCUGAGCUCCACAAUUGGCUCAUUAUGCCUAUCCUCCUGACUGGACUCAUUCACCCCACAGAGCUAGGGGGUUUUUUGGCAGUCCUGUGUCCCUCCACAACAGCUUAUCCUGGACUAUGCCUUACAUCAAAGGUCACAGAGCAAACCCCUUCUCCUGCCCAGCACCUCCCCAGGGUAAAGCCUGUCAAUCCAAGCCCUUGCAGGCAGUACCAGGUCUGAGGCUGUGGCAGGCUGUGUCACAAGGAAACAUGCAAGAUGGUUAAAAUAAAGCUGUUAAAUAAGCCCUCAAAAGUGAACGUGAACAUCUUUCCGUUUACAUGAGCAGACAUGGCAGCACCACCCACUGGUGGUCUCCUGGCUGUGAUCUUUCACAUGUGAUGCUUCCAAAUCAGAGCUGGAAGGGUUUAUAUCUAACUAUAAACCAAUUGCUGUCUCCCAGACUCACCAGCUCAAACAUGGGGUGGGUCCCAGUGAAACAGCUCCCUGCCCAGCACGGCCUGGCGAGAGGGCAGCUGCCUUGGCUGGCUGGGGUGGCCUCGGUAGCACAUCUCCCUGCACCCAGAAACACAAAUACACACAACUGUUCUAAGCCUGCUGGCCUGGUUUCAGGUAGACCCCCUCUCCAGGUGACUGUUCAGUCACCUGUUUGACUUGUGCAAGUGUUCUGACUCGGAGCCAGCAUGGGAAAUGUGCCAUUUUAUGGCCUGGGGCAGCUGCACGGGACUGCAGGGCAGCAGUGCCCGAUCCCAGCGGUCCCAGCCUGGCAGGAGCAGGGCACACAGGCUGUUGUGCUUGGAAGGGCGGCUCAGACUCUGGAUUGCUUUGAGACCAAGUUCCCAAAUCCUGCAAAGCUGUUUAGCAAAGCCCUUUUGUGAUCCACUGGCAUCCUCCCGUGGUGGGGGAUCUGCAGCCUAUAUAUAUACAGGUGUAUAUCUCUGUGUGUCUGUUUAUAUACAUUUAUGCACAAAUAUGUGUGUGCAUAUGUAUGUGUGUGUCCAGUUUGGGGAGAUGCAUUAAGAAAAUCUUCUAUUUAAUGAAACAGUGAUAAAGAAACCAGCUUUUCUACCAAGAACCAGUGCUCUUCCAGAUCGAGCCCCUUCCAUUCUUCAUGCUUUGUAAAGGAUUUAAUUUGCUUCCAACUUAAUUUAAUUAAAUUCCUUUCUUUUUCUCUUUCUCUUUCUUUUUCCUUUUAUUUUUUUUUUAUAAAGCAGGACUUCCCAUCUGAAUCAAGUCAUUGACCUUCCAAACAUUUUCUCAUUGUGAAAAAUGGAAUCUGAGUUGUCCAAUUCUUUUAGAGACACAAACCAAAUGGAAUCAGAGUUGUCCCGUUCUUGUAGAGACACAAACCAAUUUUUAAUCUCAUUUUCUUUUCAUAUUACAGACUAUGAGAUACUGUUAGCCAUUGCUUUGUGUUUCUUUUAACUACUGUAGUUAAAUCAAAAUGUUGAGUUCAGAUUUCAGCACAGCUGGGUUUUUUGGGUCAUUACUGGCCUUUGCUGUGAACACAAAGAAUCCUCUUCAUUUUCUUUGCCUUUUUUUUUAAGCUGUUCUGUACUAUUAUUUUAAACCAUUUGAAGUGUUUAUUUAAUAUUUAUUCUACAGUUUAUAUUGAAAAUGUAAAGUUUAUAUUUAAAACAACACUGUUUGUUAGUGAAUGCUUCUCUUUGCCUCUCCAGCCUAGUCUGUUAGACUCAGUGUACAUUUCUGGCAUGGGAAUAUUUUGAUAUUAGGAGUUUUGUAGCCUUUUCUCCCUCAAGCAGCAACUGACGUAGAUCUAAGGUCACCACUUGACCCAGACCACCAGGUCGCUCAAGCUUCGCUUCCUCCAUUUGUUGGCUUCUCUCACAGUCCCUCCUGUAUCCCAUCCUUUCAUCCACAGACUGCUUUGUACAGUUACUAUACAUCAAAAAGCCCUUUCUACAGUAGGUGGGUUUUGGUCUUUUUAUACUUUUCUCAAUGCUGUUGUCUGUUACUGUUCAAUGUGUAGAUCUGUAAGGAGAGAUCCAAAUAUUACGUGUUUCAGUUCGAUGUCCCUACUGUAGAUGGAUGUAGACUAUCAUAGUAAGUAGAACUGCAUAGUAAAUUCUGAAUGCUUUUUCCAUAAGGAGUUAAGUGGAAUGUGAGCAUUUUGCUACCUUUGGUUAACUGUAAAUGCUUAACUGUAGUCUGAAAUAGUUGCAUUUUUGUCUGUCUCAAUAAAUUUUAAUUUGUCUGCGA